UAUUGAAUGAUGAAAUUUGCUUACUGUGAAUAUAUACUAGAACAUGCAUACGUUUCCGCUUUAACGUAGGACUUGGAUGUUAAUGUAUAGUUGACUCUGAUGUGUUUUUGCAUCUGCUUAUUGUGCUUAUAUAUGCAUACGUUACCGUUUUUACGUAGGACCAGGGUGUCAUUUGUAUUGUCAACUCUGCUGUUUAUAUUUAACAACGUAUACGCACAAACCUGUAGUAAAACAGCUCAAGGAUUAACUACUACCGAGGUAAACGCUGAUGAUGACGGUCAUAUCAAAGGUGAGUACACUGGUGACCACCCAGUGGCUACGUAAGCAGAUCGGGUCCAGCAACACGGCGACCCGAGCUUUACGUAUCCUGGACACGUCUUUCGUGAGGGACAAACAGGUGGAUACGUAUACCAUGGCGUACCUAGAGGGUCACAUUCCCCAGGCCCUGUUCUUCGACCUUCACAAGUGUGUUGAGAGCACCCCGAGCAUCCCACGAAACCUGCCUGACCCCUCCUGCUUCACGAGCUACGUACGGAAGCUUGGCAUUUGGCCGGACACCCACGUGGUCGCUUACGACAGGUUCGGGCCCGCGUCCGCCUACAGGACCUGGUGGCUCUUCCGGCUGUACGGCCAUACGAACAUAUCUGUGCUGGACGGUGGUUACCGGAAGUGGGUAGCAGACGGGUACGACACCACCAAGGAGGAGCCGGAAGUCGAGCCGUCCAUGUUCAUUCCACAACUGGACCGAUUCCUGGUGCGAACCUUCGACGACAUGGCGGAGAAUCUCAGGACGUGUAGGGAGCAGGUUGUGGACGCUAGGGGGGCCACGGACCGCGCUGUCGUGGACACGGAGUCUGGUGGCGGGAAGAUACCGGGGUCCAGGCACGUGAGCUUCGAGGAGCUGUUUAACGAGGAUGGGACGAUGAAGACGGAAGAGCAGCUGAAAUCAAUGUUUGACGAUGCAGGUUUGAAUCUCCAGCGCCCACUGGUGGCCACUUGUAACACGGGCAUGACGGCGUGCGGGGUGGCGGCGGCCGCACACAUCCUUGGCAGGGAUAUACCCGUGUACUAUGGCUCUUGGACGGAAUGGCGUCAACGCGCGAGGGAGGAGCAUACGUAUAGCGGGUGUACGGAGCAACAAGAUGUCUUAAAGAACGGCCUCGGAUUAUAGUCUUAAUAUACAUAUAGUGACUUGGUUUGCUGAUGGUGUUCUCAGAACCUAAUUUAAGUUGAAAUCAACUAUGCAUUAGUGCCGUUUGUUGCUGUAGUGGUUGAGUGCGUCCUGAAGUCCUGAGUAAGUUUAGUCCUGAGCGUUUGGAAGCCGAACUUAAAGUGUUUGGAACAAAAUGUUUUUUUAGAAGUGUUGUCUGAAUAUAAUAAGAGACCAGUAUCCUGAUUUUGAGUGCCGUUGUUAUGGUUAUAUACGAAUCUC